UCGCGUGUGUCUUUACGACGUUCAACGAGCAACGUUCGCUGCGAUGCAGUUAUGUGUACGUCCACGCUGAGGAGGCUCCAGCGUGUCCGCUGCGCCUCUCGCUUUAUUAAAUCCGACCUGAGGCGGCUGGAGGGGGUCGCUCGGACGUGCCUCUGAACUGUGCUGGGAUGAUAGCGUGAGAAUUUGCUGCUUUUUCUUGUUUUCCCCUUUUCUUUUGUUUUUUUAAUUUUUAUAUUGACUGCUGUUGAAGCCGACACUCUGUUCCUCACGACGGUCACUCGUAGCCUGCUGUGAUUAAGGGGCGGUGCUGGCAAGGUGUCGUAGUUCAAACCAACAUGCCCUUUGCUCUGGCAGCGGGACAGGAAGUGUGUGUGUGAGCGUCCCCCCCCCCGGUUGGCUCUGCUGGGAUGAACAUGCCACUGCACCAAAUGUCUGUCAUCCCCCGUGAUGUCACCUCGUCGCGGGUGUCGGGCAGCGGGAAAGCUAAAGACAAGGACAAGCAGAAUGAAAAACCUCUGGGUCCUUCAGCAAGCCGGUCCAGCAAUAUAUCAAAGGCUGGAAGCCCGACUUCAGUCAACGCUCCGUGCAGUUUCUCGAGGACGUCAGUUUCCCCGUCUAGCCAGGACAUCUGCAGGAUUUGUCACUGCGAAGGGGAUGACGAGAGCCCUCUGAUCACACCAUGCCACUGCACAGGGAGCUUGCGCUUUGUCCACCAGUCCUGUCUACAGCAGUGGAUCAAGAGCUCUGACACUCGUUGCUGUGAGCUGUGUAAAUACGAGUUCAUCAUGGAGACUAAACUCAAACCACUGCGCAAGUGGGAGAAACUACAGAUGACAGCGAGCGAGAGAAGAAAGAUCAUGUGUUCAGUCACCUUCCACAUCAUCGCCAUCACCUGUGUGGUGUGGUCCCUCUACGUUCUCAUCGACAGAACAGCAGAGGAAAUCAAAUCAGCCGGAAGAGUCCCAGGAAUCCUGGAAUGGCCUUUCUGGACCAAGCUUGUGGUAGUGGCCAUCGGAUUUACAGGUGGACUGGUUUUCAUGUACGUCCAGUGCAAAGUCUACAUCCAUCUAUGGAGGAGACUCAAGGCGUAUAACCGGGUCAUAUAUGUGCAGAACCGUCCAGAGACAUAUAAAAAGUAUCCACUGGAGAAGCCCCCCCUAAUGGAGCCGAGUCUGGAGAACAAAGAGGCUCUGGCCCCCAAUCUGUCAGACACAAACUCCUCCCAGUACACGGAAACAGAGGACUACAGUAUGGAGGUGCUUCAUGUCUGACACCAGAGUCUGUGCCAUUGGUUGUCGUGCACAUACUCCACACCCAAACAGGCCCGCAGAGGAGAGGAACAGUCGUGAUCGGUCACUGAGGAACAACCGUACCCUUUUCCCUGAAGCCAGAAUGACCCACGUCCUCCACUAUCACCUUAUACUCCCUAAACUCCAUCCGCAAAGACAGAGAGGCCAUGAGUUUCCCUCUGCCUACAUUCCUCCUAUCACACUGUAUUCCUCCCUCCACCUGCAUCUUUUCCUUUCCCAGAAACAGACUCUUUACACUGACUUCUGUAAAUGUUGGAAAGGCCUGGUGCAAACCACUCUGUAUACACACACACACACACACACACACACACACACACAGACUCUUUAAUGUACACCUCCGGGAGAGCUGGACUGAAAAGAAUGGACUUGCAAAAGGCUCUGGAGGUCUACACGUCCCCGAUGUGUGGUUUGUUUGUGGGUUUUGAUCAAUCUGUUCUUUUUUUACCUCCUGUGAGUGUCGGGCUAAGCUGCCAUGGAUCAGUAUGUAGCGCCAUGCAUCAAGAUCUCUGGAACAUUCCAGAUACUGCCAUCUCUGCGGUCUGUCAGCUCCACGCCGGUCUGGAUCCAGCCAGACCUGGAUCCGAAGAUGCAUCAAAGCACUUUUUAUUUUUUAGUCUCCAAAGCACAUCCCACCCCUUCUUCUCAUUGCCCCCUCUUUUUUUUCUUGUAUCUUGUACGUUGUAAAUGGGGGAGAGCAAAAAAACUUUUCUUCAAGUGCAACAUAUGCUUAAAGAUUAACCCUCCUGUGGAUAACUAAAAGGAUUUGGGGUUAAAAAAAAAUGAGUCAUUUGAACGACGUCAGUUGCAUAACUUUGAUUCAGAUGAUGGAAAAUCUAGCCACUUGACUUCUGUACCCCAUGGUGAACUUUCUGAAGGCUUUGAGAAUGUAAUCUUUUUAAAAAUGAUUUCAAAAAAUUUAUAAAAUGUAAAAAAAAAAAAAUCAUCUUUUUACUGGUCACGGGAAAUUGCGCUUUGUCUCGAUCAUAAUGAGGCCCUUCGGGCAUAAACAAUGUCGCGCUUGUGUUUUGUUUUCUUUGUUUUGUUUUUUUUAAAAUAGGUAUUUACAGUUUUUAACAUGUUAACUCGCUUGCUUAGCCAUGGGACAAGCCUCGAGGAAUCCACAGCUGCCUACUUUCAGUUUGUCCACUGAACUUUAACCAAAGGUUUUAACUACAAAAAAGAAACAUGCUUUAGCUCCUACCCUGUUUUUUUUUGCACAGUUACAAUCCAGCCACACUUAAUUUUUUCACUUACUUAAGCAAGAUUAAGGUGGAAGUGAGAAAGGUAAAGGUUUAGUGAGCAUUUCAGAUGAGUACUCGGUUUAAGUGUAUUUUAUUUGUUUUCGCUCUCUGCUUUAGUAUUCGAUCACAAGACAGCCAACUGUCACUUUUUUGCCAUGUUUACUCCACAGUUAAGCAUUAAGAAUGACUUUAAAGACAGUGUAACUUUUCACUGUUGCACAUUACGUUCAGAAAAACUCAGUUUCUUUUAAUAAAAUCAAUGCAAUACAGCCGCUUAUUUAUGGCUGUGACAGAGUCAAAGUGUAUCAUUGCUUUUUGAACAGCUGACUGUGUCGCCAUCUGCUGGUGUUAAAGUGAAGGUGCAGCCUGAGAUGGGCAGCGGUUGAUUUCUCAGGUCGAAGUGGGUGGGGGGGGGACUCACAGUCAUUGUAAGUGCGUUUGUCUAUGUGAGAGCACAGCAAUGCCAAGGCUCAUGUUGAGCCUUACAGCCAUUCCAGCAACACACACAUUUUUCAAAAACUGUAUUUGAUACCAGUAUACUGUCUGUGAACAAUGAUGGUCCAACAACGUACCUGACAAUUACUGCUCAGCAGCAGCAAUAAAGCGCUUUGGGGUUUUUUUUGUUUUGUGUUAUUUGCAUACUGUAUUUAUGUAUAUGCCCCACAGAGACUUGAGAUCUUGAGUUUAAUAUAAUUUUAAUACAUAAAUGAGCCGAGGGACUUGUUGUGUGUCAAGUUGGAUUAAGACCUAGUAAUGAGAACCAUCUCAGAUUCUUCAGUACCCGGGAGGCUCAGUGCAAUUAGACAGAUUUUAUUUUUUAAAAAGUGCAAUUACCCUUUUGUUGAUGUUCUGUUCUGCAAUUAUGUACCGGUGUUUAAAGUCCAGGAUGUCCUCUGGAUAGAAAAUUACUUUCUUUAUAUUGUGUUGUAUUUAUUUUUAACUGAAAACAGCAUAUUUUUGUUCAUUUACACACAAAAAAGACCCUUUCAUUAGUGAAUUUUGUGCAAUUUACACUUAAUUUUUCUUCCCAGACACUAAUAGAAGAAAAUUAUUUUCAGCCCUUGUUUUGCAUGUAGUCAUUCAGAUAAUAGAGUUGCUCGAAGCUUCAGUCCGUUUUUGAAUUUUUAAAUUGAUUGUGGUGUCUCGUUUUUAGUUGGGUAACCAAAGCAUUACGUUUGAACAUAAAUUAUUAAUUUGGAGUUGGUGAGAUGGAUCAUUAAAAUGGGCUUUAGGUUGUUGUUGUCUUUUUACUUUCUCCCCAUAGGAGCUGGCUCCUUCAAUGAAAUACGAGAGGAGUUUUGUUCUAGUGUGAUGGCUUUGGAUUGUUUCCUCUCUGAGCAUCUUAUCCUCUUUACCGUCUUUGCGUCACUCACCCUUUACGUCCAUAAUCCCACGGAGCAGAACAUCAACUGAGACUCUUCUCAGCCUCACUAUUUUAGGCUGUCUGUUGAAUUUGAUCAUGUCUGGGACUAGUGUAACUUGCAUAAAAGCUACAUUUGUUUACUACUGACUGGACUUGAACAUAUAUGACUGUUCCCCUGUCUUAUACCAUUCCGCAAGUCUGUCUGUGAAUUUGCUUUGAAAUAGUAACUGUAAAGAAUUUGGUAAAAUGUACUUUUUUGUUUUUAUGAAAAAAUGUUGAUGUGCUUUCAGUUAAUUUCCCACGUUUGAACAAAAUAUGUAGUAAUUAAAAGAACAACCAAAUAAAAAAUUAAGUGACUUUUAAAA